AUGGAUGUGCCCCAGUCUAUCAUAACGUACUUUCGCUGGCAGGACUCAAAUACCCUUUUUCUGCCCAGUUUAAUAGGUCCCCUUGUUCUCGCGUACUGCUUGUUUCAAUGGACGCGCUUACGGGCCCCAAAACUUGACUUGCCUGUUGUGGGCGACCCUACAGCGUCUGACUUUCGGUCUGCUCUGGAGGAGGGGGCGAAAAAAGUAUUAUAUCCUAAUAGCCCUUUUGUGCUACCAACACCCAUGCAUCCCACGGUGAUCCUCCCUCACUCUGCCAUCGAUGCCAUUAAGAACCUACCAGAAGAGGUUAUAUCUCUUAGACAGCACCACUAUACGAUAUUUGUUGGCGCAUACACUCAUUUUGGCAACAAGGCUGACGAGCUAGAUGCUGCUAUUCGAAUCGACUUGACACGAAACGUGGAAAAGAUUUUGCAAAUUUUUCAGGGAGAAAUUGACUAUGCUUUUGAACAAAAUAUCGGCGAGUGCAAAACAUGGACGGCUAUUCCAGGAUAUGAAAAAAUGCUAAGAAUUGUAUCUUUGCUGAGCUCACGAGUUUUUGUUGGAUUACCUUUAAGUCGAAAUGAGGAAUGGAUCCAGACAACUUGUAAAUACGCACUUGAUGGAGGUGCGGGAGCUCAUGCCUUAACCCCGUAUCCAACAUUUCUGCGACCGUUUGUUGCGCCAUUCCUCCUACGUUCACUAAAACAACAUCGGGCUUUAGCUCGUGAAAUGAUGCAGCCUUUGGCAGACAAGUACGCAACUGCAAACAGAUCGGAGGUGAGCGCAGAUGACAACAUUACUGGAGGGGAUCUGAUCCAGUAUAUCGUGUCGCGAUAUAAUGGGCCUGUCACUGCUGAAAGGCUUGCCCGGGAUCAGCUCAUUGCAACGUUUGUUGCUAUGCACACGACUACUAUCUGCCUUACCCAGGUUCUCUUUGAUCUUGCUGCACGCCCGGAAUAUGUUCAGCCACUCCGCGAGGAACUAGAGGAAGCGCUGAAAGCAGACAGCCAUCAAGAUGGGCUGCUUCACAAUACUACUAUGAUCAGACUUCGAAAGAUGGAUAGUUUUAUUCGUGAGAGUCAGCGAACAAACCCUCCUGGUUUGGUCACGAUGCUUCGGCACGUUACCUCUCCCGACGGCCUGCGAUUGGCAUCUGGGCAUGUAAUUCCUAAAGGCACUGUCGUUGGCAUCUCGAACCAUAUGGUAACGCGUUCGUACCCAGAGCCUGAUACCUUUGACGGAUUUCGAUUUUCAAAGCUGCGUGAACAGCCUGGCCAUGAGAUUCGCCAUCAGCUGGCGACGACUGGGCCGGAUGCGCUCAGCUUCGGCCAUGGUAACCAUGCGUGUCCGGGUCGAUUCUUCGCUGCAAAUGAAAUCAAAGUUGUGAUUGCACAUCUGAUCCAAAACUUUGAUAUUAAGUUGAAAGAUGGUGAAAGCCGACCAGAAAAUCACCAUCGAGGUGCUAUAGUAUCCCCAUCCGCAAAUGGGGAAGUCCUCUUACGUAGUAGGACAUCAGCCUUAUAA